AUGGCUUUCGCAAUAUCCAAAGAGUCCCAGAAGGUGAGUUUAUCACAUAAUGAUCAUCAUGAGAGAGAGAGUGGAAGUGCAGUAAUAAGUAGCCAGCUCUAUCUGAAGUCAUCCCAUCAAAAUCUUGACAAAAAUGUUGUGCUGAGGAGACUUCGUCAGCACAAGUGCUUGCAAAAAGUUCGUGCAAAUUUAAAGACUGCAUUGGACAGUUAUUCAACGAUGGAUCAUCAACACAAGUGGCUUGAACAAGGCGAUGUUUUCUGCUCCCCUUAGUGUAUUAAUACACCCCUAAACAUCCUUAGCUCUUUGUCUUCUACGACGGAGCCAGAAUUUGAACCUUAUGGAUUCUGGAUGCUAGGACAUGAUAUCAAAGCUAUUGGUUCUGUCGAA